AGGGUACGCGGGAACCCUUUUCAGCGAGCGGCAUGCAUUCGCUGGUCCAACACGGCAUUCCCCACCAGCAGCGUGUUUCUCGUCGCCGCCGCAUUGCCCUCUGGAGCGCUCCACCGUUGGACCGCGCCAAGCCGCUUCCAGGAUGUCUCGUUGGCCUCACCAUCUCGACGACGCAGAAUCGGGCGCCGCCUCGGCGUGUUCCAAAUUCCGGGCUUGGCUUCCACCGCUGAAUUUCAUCACCAUCCACUAUGCCUACUUCAUCGUCGUCUGUCUGGUCGCCUCGCUCGUCUUCUGGGGGUCUUCGGACCCGGCGCGCCGCAUCAGCUAUGCCGACAGCCUGUUCUUGGUUGUCAGCGCCAUGACCGAGGCAGGACUCAACACGGUCAACCUCAGCCAGAUGACGACAUGGCAGCAGACGAUGCUGUUCCUCCUCAUAAUACUUGGGAGUUCGAUAUGGGUCUCCAUCUGGACGGUUGUGGCGCGCAAGCACGUCUUCGAGAAGCGCUUCCAGGACAUUGUCCGCGCUGAGCGCAUGCGGAGGGCGAGCCGGGCGGGGAGCGCCGUCAGUCUCCCCAAGCUGCAGCGCUUUCUUUCCUUUCGAAAGUUACCGACCACCAUUCCGCUGCAGAGCCCCCUGGUGUCACAGGGAGGCGAGCAUCCGGAACCGAAGGAAGGCCCCCCGCCAUCCGAGCCCGCUACAGGCCAGAUUGAGCCAGCCGCUGCUGCUGCUGCUGCUAGCAUUGAUGCCCAGUUGGCCGUCGCCGCCGCCGCUCCUCGGGAGGCGGCACUCAGUCCUGCUCGCGUCGUUUUUGUCCACACUCCCCGGCCAAGCGAGGCUGUGUCCACCACGGCGCGCGAGCACUCCGAGCCAAGCCAGCUAACCCGCAGGAGUCGUAACGGAAAGGACGGCAGCCAGGACGAUGGAAAGGACGACUUCAGCAUUCGGCAUCUCCUAGCACAUAGACCAGGCGGAAGAAACGCGCAGUUUCACGGUCUGACCCGCGAGGAACGUGAGCGUCUCGGCGGCUGCGAGUACCAGGCGCUGCGAGUGCUAUCCGUCAUUGUGCCUCUCUAUUUCUUUCUCUGGCAGCUGCUUGGCUGUCUCGCGCUGGGCGCCUGGAUCAACAAGUAUCAGCCGGAGCCGCCGCUCAAGAACGGGAUCAACCCUUGGUGGCUGGGCAUCUUCAACGGCGUGUCCGCUUUCAAUAACUCGGGCAUGUCACUUUUGGAUGCCAACAUGAUCCCUUUCCAGAACUCCUACUUCGUGCUCAUCACCAUGGGCUUGAUGAUCCUGGCUGGCAAUACGGCAUACCCGAUCUUUCUGAGGCUGAUCAUUUGGUCGCUCCUGAAGCUUUUGACAGCCGCCACGCGAGAAGACGACUUCUGCGGGCUCAAGGACACCUUGAGGUUCAUACUUCAAUAUCCUCGUCGCGUGUACACGAACCUCUUCCCUGCUCGCCCCACCUGGUGGCUGCUGUUCAUGCUUAUCCUCCUGAACUCCGUCGACUGGGUAUGUUUUGAGCUUCUCAACCUUGGAAACCGGGCGAUGGAUAGCAUUCCUCAGGGUUCCCGCGUCAUCGACGGGUUAUUUCAGGCCCUAGCUGUGCGGUCCGGGGGUUUCUACAUCGUGCCCAUACCGUCGCUGUACGUCGGAUUGCAGGUGCUCUAUGUAGUGAUGAUGUACAUUUCGGUGUAUCCGGUCGUCAUCACCAUGAGGCACUCCAACGUGUACGAGGAGCGGUCGCUCGGGAUCUACGACGAGGAUGAAGUUCGGGAUGCGGACCCCGAAAUGGCUACCCCGUGGUCGGUCCACGGCCGCCGCCGAAGCGGCAAUGGCGGCAUGGCGGCAGCAGUCGGUCGGGUCAUUAGCCGCACGUUGACCUUGCAUGGGGUCGGCGCCAGGGCGCCUCCGCUGAACCAGGGCUCGGAGUCGCACAUCAACUUCAUCAGCCAACAGAUCCGCGGGCAGCUGGCCCACGACACCUGGUGGCUCGUGCUCGCCAUCCUCGUCAUCGUGACAAUCAACACGAGCAAAUUCCUCGCCGACCCCAUCAACAACAGCGUGUUCAACGUGAUAUUCGAGGUCGUCUCAGCGUACGGCUGCGUCGGCAUCAGCGUUGGCGUUCCCUACGACUCGUUCAGUUUCUGCGGUUCAUGGCACACGGCUUCCAAGCUGGUACUCUGCGCCGUUAUGAUCCGCGGCCGCCACCGAGGCCUUCCCGUGGCCCUCGACCGGGCCGUACGCUUGCCGGGGGAGAAGCUACACGACGAGGAGGAAGAGGACCACCGCAUCCGGAGAAGCAUGACGAUCCGCAGGGCCAGCACCGAAGCCUAGGCGGGCGGACCUGGCCCUGUGUUUAGGUCGGAGGUUGGCAGGUGGCCAUUUUAUAUACGCUUGGGAUUGGCCAAGACGAGAACUGUGGUUUCCAAAGGGCGUUUUGCGUUGGAGGGAACUGGGUUCGUGUUUGGUUACGGACAUUUUUGGAUGCAAAAAUUAGACGGUAUAGACGGAGAAGCAGGUGUUUGGGAGGGAUAGAAGGCGAU